UUCUUGCUAAAGCUCUAACUUUCUUUAUAUUUCAUCACAAUUUUUUUUUUUUACGAUAUGGCCAUUAGAAAAUCAAACAAGUUAUCACAAGCUACAGUGUUGAAACAAAUUUUGAAGAGGUGUUCAAGUUUGGGUAAGAAGCAAGGCUAUGACAACGAAGAUUACUGUCUUCCUAUUGACGUACCAAAAGGACAUUUUGCGGUUUACGUAGGGGAGAAUCGAACUCGAUACGUCGUACCAAUUUCUUUCUUAACUCACCCUCAGUUUCAAUGCCUCCUCCAACAGGCCGAGGAAGAAUUUGGAUUUGAUCACGACAUGGGCAUUACCAUUCCAUGUGAAGAAUUUGUAUUCCAAUCACUGACUUCUAUGAUCCGGUGCUGAAGUAUUUAGAAAAAAGGGCAGCCCGGUGCACUAAGCUCCCACUAUGUGCGGGGUCCGAGGAAGGACCACUACAACGAUCUAUUGUACAAGAGAUUAUUUUCACGGCUUAAACCCGUGACGUCCUAGUCACAUUUUUACCAGUUACGUCAAAACUACCUUUUUUGACGUAUUUAGAAAAGAAAAGAAAAAAAAGUGAAUAUUAGGGGUUAGUUCUCUUUUAGGGUUAAGAAGGAUGGCUCAAGAUGAAGCAAUUUGGUGUAUUUUUGCUUCUCUUUUUUCUAACAUCUUUCUUCACUCUAUUUUUUUCAUUUUUUGGGGUGUCUCCUUUUUUUUUUUUUUUUUUUUGGGUUAGGGGUAUUUUCUUGUUUUGUAACUUUCCUCUAACUCUGACCUAGGAACCACAUGAUAUUAUUAGUAGUGUUUUUUAUGGGUCAGAAUCAGAUUUGUAAACAAAUCUUGGAAAUUUUUCCUUGCAGUGGUGUUUUGUUGCGCCCUGUGAGAGAAGUGAAUGUAUCUCAAUCGA